AUGGGACUCGCAGACAGAAAAGUAAAGCAAAAGAUCCAAGCGGAUCCACGCAACCUCACCUGGAAGAAUGACGCCUCCCGUUUCGGUCACGCAUAUUUGUCGAAGCUUGGCUGGUCUACUGGAUCAUCUCUCGGUCUCACAGGACAAGGACUGACCGAAUACAUCCGUGUUGCACACAAACUUGAUGCGCUGGGUAUCGGUGCACGCGUAGGAGGAAAAGAAGACAGGGACGGUCGAGCUGGGAGGGAGUUUGACGGCUUGUUGAGGAGGUUGAACGCUUCUGCCGAGGAGGGGGAGGAUGUUACAAUGGAGGAGAAUAUCAAGAUCUCUGGGUUUCAUAAGGCCAGUGGUGAGGAGGGACUUACGGUGGAGGGCACGGUAGUUGUUGAGGAACACAAGAAGGGGAAGAAGAGGAAGCGGGAGGUUACGGAAGAGGGCGAGUCCCCCAACAGCUCUUCCCCUGAAGAGACAACGACUGCUACGACGACUGUCACUAUCACUCAAACAACUACUCCCGCCUCCGCUGUGCCCCGCCGCCUCGCACAUCGAUCUCGUUUCCUACGUGCGAAAUCCCUCGCAAAAUCUGAUUCUCGCGCAAUGAGUGAAAUCCUUGGUAUCGCCUCCGCUCCUGCUUCACUGCCCGGUACGCCAAGGGACUCAUCUCCCGUACCUGCUGCGUUCCCUACUCUAUCUUCCGGGCCGGCUACUCCCUCCGAGCCACAGGAACCUGAAGUGACACCGAAGGACGACGAGCUGGUCAAGACUUCUACUUCAUCAUUCUCCGUUGCAGAUUACUUCAAGCAGAAGAUGCGUGCGAAGCUUGGACUUGCACCCUCAACUUCUGAACCAUCCUCUGCUCCUCAGACGCCGAUGGGAUCGAUGCAAGAGGAAGACGGAAGUAUGAAGAUGGGAAUGGGUUUCGGUAAGGGACUGGGACUUGAAGCGGGGAACGGGCUUGGGUUCAGGUCAGCUUCUUCCGGUACAGAAUCGGACGAGCAGAGGGAUGAGCAGGGCCACCUGGACGCGAAGGAGACUGAGGCUCAGGAUAUCGCUGAGCAUGUGGGGGAGAAGAAACGCAAGAAGGCAAAAAAGGAGAAGAAACAAUCUGCUGAAGUUCCCGUGCCUGAAGAGGGAAAGAAAAAGAAGAAACGAAAGUCAGAGGCCAUCGAACCUGUUGAGGUUACGAUUCCUAUGAAGGACGGGGCACCAGCUGCAGGCGAACGACAGAAAAAGAAGAAACGAAAGAAUGAUCUUAACGAGCACAAGAAUGAUGCUUCUUUGGCACCCGUCGACCCGCCAGAACCAGAACAUAAGAAGAAGAAAAGUAAGUCUGAUGUUGCUGCCGAGCCCUCGAGUGUCCCCCCGAUCCCCGAGACCGAACUCAUGCCAGCGAAGAACAAAAAGGAGAAGCGGAAGAAGCUCAUACCCGUUCAUCCCGAGCCGGUUGGGGGCGAGAAGAGGAAGAAGAAGCGAAAAACGGGGGAAGCGUGA